AUGAUGGACGGCACGAGAUGUUCGCUAAAUGCCGCCGCUUGGGCCCUUGAAGAACCGGGCCCAAGCGCUACGGAUGGCCUACUGCCCUCGCUGCCAGGUCCGCAUGACGAUGGCGGCCCGGCGGCUCUUUGUGGGUACACGACGACGCUAUCGCGGGACGGCGCGGGCGCCGUCCGCGCUCCCUCACUGUUGGAAGACGCCUCAAGCGACGUCGACGAUACCGAUACCAUGUCGAACCUAUCCAAGGCCCUCGAGAUGUCAUCGUCGUCGUGCUCCAGCCCACGCACCAGGAACCGGCCCCACCGCGAUUCCGUCAGCACAAUAUCCACUAUCUUCCAGCAGCGGAAACAGGAAGGCCCGAGCUUACUUGCCAAGGUCUCGAGUAUCUUCUUCCGGAGAAACAGCUCGCCCGGCGGCAAGCGCAGCACACAGGCGACACCGCCCGCGGGCCGCCCGGAUUCCGAGACUUCGGCGGUUAAAUCCAUUGCCGCCCAGUCACUGCGCCGCCAGCAAGAGCUCGAGGAUGCCAGGUACGCUCGAGUCAUUGCAGACUUUCGCACCGUAGGAUGGUGUUCCCCCAGCGAGAUCAAGUCUGUGGAAUAUGAACGGUCUUUGAUCAGUGCGCAGUGGGACGAAAAGAUCUCGCUUCUGUCUCGCGCGCAGUAG